AAACGCAGACAAACAUUGGCCGCAUGUCGUCCAUGUCGUAAACGUAAAUCAAAGUGUGACGGCGCGCGUCCUCGGUGCAACACAUGCAUUGACAAAGCAACACCUUGCGUUUUCUCGGUUGAAGAAGGCAAGACCCAACAACAAGCUUCUCGCGAAGAACUCAAAGCAUACCGAUCCGUUGUGUGCAUGUUGCGAAGAGCCUCACCCCCAGCUACAGAAGCUAUACUCAGGCACCUCAGACAACACGACGAUGUAAAUGAGGCUGUCAAAUUCAUA